AUGCCCAAAGUGGUGCGGGUCCUGGAGAUCCUGGAGGUGAUGGUGAGCCGCAGCAGCAUCAGCCCGGACACCGAGGAGCUGCGGCUGGAGCUGGACCGGCUGCCCCUGGAGCGGAUGGACCGGCUGGAGAAGGACAAGAAGCACCGGCAGGUAUCCCAGCAGAUGUUCUUCUCGGCCAUCGGGAGCGAUUUCGGGACCUCUUCCCUCAGGCAGUUCUUCGACAGAGCCAGAGAGAUGGAGUUCUUUAAAAGCUUCAUCCAGAUCCCAGACCUCCCAGAUGCUCCACCAAACUUCCUCCGAGCUGCCGCCUUGGCCGAGUACAAAAAGCCGGUGGUGGUGAUGCCCAGUGAAGACCGCGAGGAGGAGGAGGAAGUGGAGCCCCAGCCGGAGUUCAGAGAGGCACCUCAGAUGCCACAGUACUAUUUGCUCAGCCAAAUGGGAGUUCCUGAAGCCCCUCUGGAGCAGAGAGACACCGAGAAUGUGAAUUUGAAGAGGGAACUCGAGGUGUUGAAACCAGAGCUGCAGCUCAUCAAGAGUGAGGCUCAGAGGUGUGUGACCGAGUUAAAGGCUCAAGUGAACCGCCUGGAAGCGGAGGUGGACGAGCAGCGCACCCACAAGCAGGUGGCCAUGGUGGAAAAUGAGCACCUGAAGAUGGAGGUGGAGGCUUUGCGCAGCACCAACGUGGCCAACGUCGGCGCCCAGAUCGGAUUUAAGGAGGCCGACAGCAGAGCUCAGGCUGCAGAGAUCAGAUUCAGUCAACUCAAAGAGAGACACGCAGAGCUGGUUACCAGCCACGCGGAUCUAAUGAAGAAGAACUCGGAGACGGUGAAGAGUUUGACUAACUCAAAACUGCAUCAGGACGACCUGCUGAGAGCCAAGCAGCAGCUGCAGAACGAGCUGGAGAAUCUGCGGCAGGAGCAGAGGAACACGAUGAACCUCCAGCAGCAUGAGGCCGACCGGCUGAACAGAGAGCUCCUGGAGCAAAGGGCGGAACUGGCUCUGCUCCGCAGCACUCUGGACAGCAAAGAGAAGGAGGGGUCCCAGGCGAGCAGCAGCCUGGCGGCUCUGCAGGCGGAGCGGGAAGUCCUGCUGCGCUCGGCCAGGGAGCAGGAGGCGGAGCUUUCCUCCCUCAGGCAGCAGGCCCAGCAGCAGCAGAGCUCCCUGGACCUGGAGCGGGACCGGAUGGGCCGGGAGCUGGAGGCGCUGCGGGCACAGCUGCAGCAGCAGGUACCAGCGGAGGACGGAUCCACCACGGGUCCAAACGGGGGAGCCGAGCUUUGGUGGGAGGGAUCAGACGGGCUAUGUGGGGAGAUAUCCACUCAAGAGUGA